AUGACGAGGAGAGAGAGGAGACACAAACUCCCAUCAUGCAUCAGGAAACACAUGUUAAGAGGAGCACAACAGAAACCAACGAGGAGCGCCUGCCAGGCACGCCCCCCCCAGCCCCUCCCCCUUCCCUCACCCCCUCCCAAUGACCCAAUGACAGUUUCAAUUUCAGACCAAACCCAGGUUUCAAAGUCCAAGGUUGAAGGAACCGAGGUUUCAGAGUCCACAGUUGAAGGAACCCAGGUUUCAGAGUCCACAGUUGAAGGAACCCAGGUUUCAGAGUCCACAGUUGAAGGAACCAGGUUUCAGAGUCCACAGUUGAAGGAACCCAGGUUUCAGAGUCCACAGUUGAAUGAACCCAGGUUUCAGAGUCCACAGUUGAAGGAACCCAGUUGUAACCAUUUUUUUUUGUUUGUUCUGUCCGUUCUGGAACUUUUAGGGUUCUUAAGCACUGGGGACCAGGCCGCCAAGGGCAACUACGGCCUCCUGGACCAGAUCCAGGCUCUCAGGUGGAUCAAAGAGAACAUCCAGGCAUUUAAAGGGGACCCCAAGAGAGUGACCAUAUUCGGUUCUGGUGCUGGAGCAUCCUGCGUCAGCCUGCUGACCCUGUCGCAUUAUUCUGAAGAUCUGUUCCAGAAGGCCAUCAUCCAGAGCGGCACAGCGCUGUCCAGCUGGGCGGUCAACUACCAACCGGCCAAGUACACCCGCGCCCUGGCCGAGAAGGUGGGCUGCAACAUGCUGGAUACCAUCGACCUGGUGGAGUGUCUGCAGAACAAGAACUAUAAGGAGCUCAUCGAGCAGUACAUCACGCCCGCCAAGUACCACAUUGCCUUCGGGCCAGUGAUCGACGGCGACGUGAUCCCGGACGACCCCCAGAUCCUCAUGGAGCAGGGCGAGUUCCUCAACUAUGACAUCAUGUUGGGGGUCAACCAGGGCGAGGGCUUCAAGUUCGUGGACGGGAUCGUGGACAGUGAGGACGGCGUGUCUGCCAACGACUUCGACUUCGCUGUGUCGGACUUCGUAGACCACCUGUACGGGUACCCGGAGGGAAAGGACACCCUGCGCGAGACCAUCAAGUUCAUGUACACGGACUGGGCCGACAAGGAGAACCCGGAGACCCGACGCAAGACCCUGGUGGCCCUGUUCACGGACCACCAGUGGGUGGCGCCGGCGGUGGCCACAGCUGACCUCCACGCCCAGUACGGCUCGCCCACGUACUUCUACGCCUUCUACCACCACUGUCAGAGCGACAUGAAGCCCAGUUGGGCCGACUCUGCCCACGGCGACGAAGUCCCCUACGUGUUUGGGAUCCCCAUGAUCGGACCCACGGACCUGUUCAACUGCAACUUCUCCAAGAAUGACGUGAUGCUGAGCGCCGUCGUCAUGACCUACUGGACCAACUUCGCCAAAACCGGGGAUCCAAACCAGCCAGUUCCUCAAGACACAAAGUUCAUCCACACUAAGCCAAACCGCUUCGAGGAGGUGGCCUGGACCAAGUACAACCCCAAAGACCAGCUCUACCUCCACAUUGGCCUCAAACCUCGGGUCAGAGAUCACUACCGCGCCACUAAAGUUGCGUUCUGGUUAGAGCUGGUUCCACAUUUACACAACAUAAACGAGUUCUUUCAAUACGUUUCCACGACCACUAAGAUUCCUCCGCAGGACACCACGCCGUACCCUUACACCAAGCGUUUCCCGGGGAAGAACAACUGGCCGUCGACUACACGCCACCCUGGCGUUCCGUCCGCCAACACCAAACAGACCACGGAGCAACGCAAGAGCAGCGACCUGACGGACGAGUCCACCGUGGUCAUCGAGACCAAGCGGGAUUACUCCACCGAGCUGAGCGUCACCAUCGCGGUGGGCGCCUCCCUGCUCUUCCUGAACAUCCUCGCCUUCGCCGCGCUCUACUACAAGAAAGACAAACGGCGGCACGAGUCCAACCGCCGCGUUCCCACCCCACAGCGCAACUUGGCGCCGACCAACACGCCGUCCACCGCCAACGACGUGGCGCACCUGCAGAGCGAGGAGCUGAUGUCGCUGCAGAUGAAGCAGCAGCAGCUGGAGCACGAGCACCACCACGAAUGCGAGUCGCUGCAGACCCACGACACACUGCGCCUCACCUGCCCGCCCGACUACACCCUGACCCUGCGCCGGUCGCCGGACGACAUCCCCCUGAUGACGCCCAGCACCAUCACCAUGAUCCCCAACUCCCUGGCUGGUAUGCAGCCUCUGCACAACUUCAACACUUUCGGUGGCAGCCAGAACAGUACCAACCUGCCCCACGGCCACUCCACCACCAGGGUAUAGCUCCGCUGGGACGGACUGCCGCAGGUUCAGCUGGGAUCCACCGGCAAACCUCAAAGGCAAAUAUGAGCCACUGACUGAAGCACAGGCUCGGCACAUGUUGUUUUCUAUUAUGUCUACUUGAAAAGUCUGUAAACUGAUGAACAUAUUAAAGGUGAAUGUUGGACAAACUGUGGACAAGGAGACAGCAGGAGUUUUACCAAAAGAACAGUGACCCAGGGGACGUGACUGUUAAUACUUUAAACCAAGAGUUUCAUGUGACUGACGCCAAAAAAAAACCAAACAAAAAACGAGGCAGCAGUUGUUCAAAAGCAACAAUUCAACCAGUGGAACGUCCUGUUUUCAUGACCUCCACCCCAGCCUGAAAUGUAUUUAUGAAAACUUUGUAAACAACGAAAAAGAAAAAAACAGCUGUG